UUUAAAAAAUUAAUUGUUACCCUCAACCGCUAGCUAUUGAUUUUUUUGUAGUGUUCGCAUCAAUUGAUAAUCUUAUUACAUAUUUGCAAUUCGAGUACUUUACUGAUGCGUUAGUAGGGUAGGGGUGUAAUUCACGAAAUUUUGCGGGAUGUGGUCGCGGAAGAAAUUUAAAAUUGGUUCGCGCUUAGGGUUGAGCGGGUGUUCGGGUGUAACGUAAAUUAAUGCGUGGAACGCGAAUAAAUUGAUGGAAAUUUUGUUUUGUUACAAAUAUCGUUGUAGUUUACAUUAGCAAACGCUCGUGUGAUAAAAUCCACCCUAAGCAGCUGCGAGGGGGGUGUGCGGAUAAAGCGUCCAGCACGAGGGGCGCGCGCAAAACCACCUGGCGUCGCGCGCUCCCCAUUCAAUUCAGUAUCGACCGCCUGUGAGUUUCAAUUUCAUGGAGCGAUACUAAUCGAAACUUAGCGCACGAUGCCAAUUCGACCUCAAAGUGGUGUUUUGGUGAUUCAUCAACAGUGAAAUAGUUUCGUUAACAUGGCUUAGUUUAUUAUUAGGCGGAUUCGAAUGAAUUAAACAAACAUAUACCGUUGAUUCGUCAACGCCGCGAUGCCCGACGCAGUUAAAAACAAAGUUACAAUGCUUUUUUUACAAGAAUGGUUACGAUAGUGUCAUAGUGAAAGAACACAACGGGAAUCAGUUUUUUUGCAACAUGUGAGUGGGUGCAGUGAUUUGUGCGUAUGAUGAUGGAUAAUAUUGGUAAGAUGAUAGAACAGCAGGCACUAGGUGAACAGGCGGUCGAUUCUGAUGAUACGAGCGCGCAUGCGGUGGUGAAUAGCAUGGAGGCACAAGGAGUCCGCAUGAGGUUAGUAUCACGCGCGGUGGUUGAAAGACGUCUUGUUAAACAAGAAGAGUCGGAUGGCACGUUAUCUGUUAUCGUGCAACCACAAGAAGACUCCCACGACUCAGAAUUACUCAGUCCGGGGAAGUUGUCCCCAACGUCCGUCAGCGUGGCCAACAUGAUGGACGCUGGGGAUUUUCGAACCUUACAACCUGAACCCACUUAUCAGACUUUAACUUCGGUGAAUGGUAGAAUGUCGCCGCCAGGUUACAGUCCAAAUUCGUCGUACGCUACCCUAACCCCCCUUCAACCGUUACCGCCAAUUUCCACCAUGUCUGAUAAGUUUGCUUAUGGACACGCUAGUAACGUGACGGGUUCGUUUACGGUUAUGCAAAACAAUGGUUUGGGUAUAGGAUUAGGUUUGGGUUCGGUUAACGUUAAUACGGCAUACACCAUGCCUAACAUGGGUAUGACACCGCCGCACAAUUACUCAUCUCCGGGAAUGGGAAUGCAACAACAACCCAGCCCGAUAAGCCCACAAAGCGCAUAUAGUCAAAACGGGCUGCCGUCGCCUCAAAAAAGUAUGUCACCUCCUAGUUACGACUCGCCUUACGGAACUCAAAGAGAACUAGUAGGUAGGUCGCUCCAAAGUCCGACGCUAAGUCCACCUUCGGGAUCACUUAACUCGCCUGGUGGUACAUUAGUGACGAGCUUCAGUGGUGCAACACUAAACGGUCUUACACUUCAUCAUAACCCACCUGCACUCGUACAAAUAACGGCACCACAAAGAGACUGUUCGCGUUCGCCUCCUGUUUUAAGUCUUCAGCAAGCUCCGCCACAACAGCAACCUCAAGCUCAACAUCAGCAACCUCAACAGCAAACGACACAACUUCAGCAAAUACAGACCAAAUCGACAACACCUAGUUCGCUCAGCGUCACCACAAUAACGGCAGACGUCGAGGAAAUUAACACGAAAGAGCUGGCGCAACGCAUCAGUGCAGAGUUAAAACGUUACAGUAUACCGCAAGCAAUCUUUGCUCAACGAGUACUGUGCCGUUCACAAGGGACAUUAUCAGAUUUGUUACGAAAUCCAAAACCAUGGUCGAAGCUGAAAUCCGGCCGAGAAACGUUUCGAAGGAUGUGGAAGUGGCUCCAAGAACCAGAAUUCCAGAGAAUGUCAGCGCUACGACUCGCAGCUGCACAGAUCCCACAGCGAGGCAGUUGCAAGAGGAAAGACGAUUCGAGCAAUUCGGAACAAAUGCCUACCCCCAAGAAACCUCGGUUAGUUUUCACAGACCUCCAGCGUCGUACACUACAGGCUAUUUUUAAGGAAACAAAAAGACCGUCAAAAGAAAUGCAAGUGACAAUUGCGCGGCAAUUGGGUUUGGAACCAACAACGGUUGGGAACUUUUUCAUGAAUGCCAGACGGCGAUCUAUGGACAAAUGGAAAGAUGAGGAUCCAAAGGCGGCGGCGGCGUUGCUACAUCAACAGAUGUCGCCCGAUAUGGAUCCAGAUGAUCACGAUCAAGAUGGAGAUUUGGACAAUGAUGUGGAAGAGCAUGAGGAAGUGUUGUGACAUGCAAUUCGUGACGCCAUUUGUUGAUGCUGUGAACACUUAUUUGUGACGGCAUUCCUAUCCUUAGAAUAGUUUAGGUCCGCCGACUUCGAUAGAAGACGAUAAAUUCGUGAAAUUGAAACGUUGAUCUAACCAUCAUGAGCAUGGAUUUCUUACUGUUAAUGUAAAAAAAAAGAACUAUUUUUGCAAACAUUAGAGAGAGAGAAAAAAGUUUAGAGAAUUUACUACUUUUGACAAUAACAUUUAUAAUGUUUACGACCUUUUUUUAAUCACACAGCAAAUUCUUAAUCGAAAAAUCACAAAUUUUCAUUUUUCUAAUUCGACCACGGAUAGGAAUGUUUUGGUAAGGCUUUUAUUUUAUUUUUUCUCAAUUUAAAAGAAAUUGCUUCGAAGCGCAUGUCUCGCGAAUACAGUUUUGUUAUUAUAUUUCAGAGUACCUACCUUGUUUUUUUAGAAACCCAUGGAGCCAUUUUCCGCGAUCAUGCUCUGGCAAAUAAUACAGAUCGCAACCCACUAUACCCCAUCAGACAAUGUUGUCAAUGGUUUUAUAACCAAACAUAUUUGACCAUUGGCCACCAGAAUUGUAUGUAUUCCUGUAUACAAAUAAUUUUUGUAUGUUAUAGUCAAGGAAGGGAAAAAUUGGGUGUCAAAAUUAUGUUUAUCUAGGUUUGUUUUUGUUAAAGUUAUGGAAUAGGUUACUGGGCCAAUCACUACAGUAAUUUUUUGUUCCGUUGGGCUUCUAAGAACAACUAUCGCGCAUUAAGACAACUGGAUCUUUUAUGGAAGACCCUGUAUAAAUUUGCUUUGUUUGUAUAUUCUGAUUUUUGGCCUACACGUUAGCGAGAAAAACAUACGCACAUUCCCCACCUGACCUUCCGUAUUUUAGUUGAGAAAAUGAAUUUUUAUUCUAUCAAAUAGAGGCUAUGUUGGUGAAAAAUAUAUACCUAGAUCUCACUGUUUAUAAUUAAUGGCACAGUCUGUAAAAACGAAAAAAACAAUCGCGGAGAAUUAUUAAUGGUUUUUUAAAGACCCAUCCCAUUUGUUACAAAAUUUAAAAAGACCUAGGCAUAGUUUAUUGGGGCUCUAGGGGGUUCUUCUCGCGCGAAAAAUUCGACCUAUUAGACGCGUAUGAAGUUAUAAGUCAAAACAGUGUUGUAAAUUUGAUCGCAGUACAGAUGAAGAAAUGUUAGUGCAGGGGUUUUAUUUUCCAAGGCUUAUUGUUUUUAAAUUCUGAAGCAUUACCCCGUAAAAAACAGAUUUAAUCUGAGUCGCCAUUGUUUGCCGUUUUCUGUAUUGCAUAACUUGCUACUAUGGCUAUUAACCUCGUCCGUAGUUUUAAUAAUAACAAAGACAAAGUCCCUUACCUCACAGACUGGCUUUUUUGAACCAUUCAAAUAUCAAAUCAAAUGCGCCGUCCAUACUUUUUUUUUAGUUGUGGUUUGUUCCUCAAAUUAGCAAAUUUUACCAAAACCUUCCAGCCUUAAUUUUCACAAGUCCAUACAAAAUAAGCACACAUUUUUUGUAACGUAUCAACCGCACUGAACUCUGUUUGGUACAACUUGACGAGAUAUGGUAUUACCUACAUGUGAACAUGGUUUUUGUAGCUUUGGUAUAAGACAACGUGACGUAAAAGACUAGUAGCUAAGAGUUAAAUAUAUGAAGUGUACGUAUAGGCACAGUUCAAAGAAAGAAGAAAAAAGGAACAUUUCAUUUUUCAUUAUAUAAAUCAUGCUCGUGGUGGCAAAAUCAUAUUUUUUCAAUUAUUAAACGUCUCCUUAUUUCGAAUUGUGUAUUUGACCUUGUAUACUAUUUUUAUUAUAUGAUAUAGAACCCAUUUUGGAAGCGAACUUUUCGUUAAAAAAUUAUUGGGUUUUGAUUCUUUGCCUUAGUGCCUAUCUUAGAUACCGUACGAAUAUUUGUCAUUGAACAGCCCUGUAUUUAAUUAAAACUUGGUACUUACUCUGCGGCGCCAUUGAAUAAAUGGUAGCGCUUUUUCAUGAGUUCACUUUUCAGAGUGAGACCAAACUCAGUGAUAUAUCUUAACUUAAAAGGCUCAAAAAGUAAACAUUCCUCGAGUUGGUGAACACUCUGUUGUUAUCAUUCCAUCUUCAUAUUAGCGAUUUGUGCAUUGUGUUGUAUAAAACGUUGUUUACGUGAUAGUUAUUUUUUUUAAUAUUAUAUUGUAUUAUUGCUAUUAUUAUGGUAAGGAUUUUGUUUUAGUGAUUUAUGUGAUUGUUUAGUUUUAAAAAUGAACCUUCCAAAGUGAAGUUAAACUUAAUUUGACUGUGAUCUACUAUAAUUUACUAUAAUGGGAAAUCAAACAGGUCAAAUACAUUUAUAGUUUUUUUUUAAUAUAGCACAAGAGAUCGAUUCAAUCUGACCAACAUGUACAAAUUUUUUGUACUAUUUCGAUUUUCUGUGUAAAGGAUAGUUGAUUCGUCAAGUCGGCGGUAUUUUGGCAGAGUGCCCAAAAAGAGCACCUAGUCUACGUACCAAAAAAUAUUUUUUACAAAUUAUUUCAUGUAUUAUAUACUAUAGUGUAAAUUAAUUCUGUUUAAGAAAAUUUUAUUAGUCUUAGAAUAUUUUUUUCAACUACAAAUAAUGAAUAGUAACAAAUGUGUCUUUUAACUUAGUACAAAAUCGCCACUUAGUUUAUCAAUGCGUUAUGUUAUCGGUAUCCCAUUCUCGCAACGAUCGCAAAGACAGAAUUUGUUACUAUUUUUUAGAAAGCGUAAGAAAUAACAGAUAAAAAUAAUUUCGUAAGAUUUGUUGUUAAACUUUAUAUGUAAAUAUACCAGAUAUGAUAUUUGUAUUUCUUCAAGUACGAACACAGAAAAUUGUUUCCUACAGAAUUAGCGUAUCGAGAAAAUCUGAAAAAUUUUGUGAAACGCUUUAUUUGAUAGCGCGUUGAUCUAUAUCUCUAAUAAUACAAUGCAUUCGCAAGUUUGUUGUUAACCAGAUUAGUAUAUCACUAAUUAUUUGUGCGACAGAAAAACAAUCAGGUGGCGAAUUUGGGUCACAAUAUGCCUUAAUACCGAGUAGAAUAUUAUUUAAGUCUAGUCUGCACCUAGUCUGAUGUGUUUCUUUUUAAAUUAGUUUUAAGUUCUAGUCAUUUUGUACUGCAUUUAGUUAGGACGUCGUGGAUGUUUCUGCGACGGGCGCUGUACAUUGAUCACCCUCUGGACAAAUUACAUACUCGGGUUUUUUGGGUGUCGAAUGCUUCUGAGUCCCAUCAAAACCUAGCGGGUUGCUGAAGGUAUAUCUUUUACGCAAUCUUCACCUACCUAUUAGAUUCAAUGGCACCCGCUAAAUGUGUGUAUUGUAAUGUUUUGCACGACAAUGCACUUUUAAUUUAUACCUGAAUCUGGGGGGGUUGUCUUUUCAAAAAAAAACUGGAAAAAUGGAUAAUAUUAUGCUUAUGUAUUGUAACAGAUACAGUUCUUCACAUCUCAUCGAUUGUUGACAAGAUUCCAGUUAAUUUUUAGUGCAAUAGCAAAAAUAUGUAAAAAAAAUGGCAAUAUCAUAUCCGAUCGAGUGUAUUCGUGGAUUUCACGAAUUUACACAAUACUGUAGAAAAUAGCGUUGAUUAAAGAAAUAUUUAAAAUA